GAUGUCCCUGAGCCUCAGAUGGAGGACCAUGUCCCUGAGCCUCAGUUGGAGGAGGAUGUCCCUGAGCCUCAGAUGGAACAUGCUGAUGAUGCUGGAUUCCCCGGAGGACCUAUGUUGAGACAUGUGUUGACACAGUAUGAGCACCACGUGGCUCGGCGGCUAUGGGAAGGAGAGGAUCGUGGACCGUUAAAGGUCAUUACUCAUGGAUUGAAGUUGAAGAAGUUUUCUGAAGUUCCUGUGCCACAUCCUGUAGAGCGUUGGAUUCGGGAAUCUGGGCUGCUACCUCUUUCUUCGGCCUACCUCACUAUGGUUGAUGCUGGUCUCGUCUCGGCAUUUAUUGAAAGAUGGCACAGGGAGACCAGCUCAUUUCAUUUGCCAUUUGGAGAGAUGACCAUUACUUUAGACGACGUAGCUACUCUCCUUCACAUAUCACCGAAUGGUAAAUUUUUUGAUGCACCUGUGAAUAUGAGUACUAAUAAUGCUGCUAGAGCUGCACAUGAGUACUUAGGUGCAACUUGGGAGGAAUCUCUAGCUGAAAUUAAUUUUAAUAAAUGUGCCCAAUAUAGAUUGCAGUGGCUGCGUGACUUAUAUAGUCGUCUCAUUCAAACUAAUCAGUUUGAGUGUGCGGCUAGAGCGUAUCUAUUGCACUUAGUUGGCAGCACCAUUUUCGCCGAUAAAACGCAUACGCGUGUGGAGGCGAAAUACAUUAGUUUAUUUAUUGAUUUAGCUCGUUGUCGACACUAUUCAUGGGCUGCCGCGGCAUUGGUUUUCCUGUAUGAUAACAUGGGAGAUGGGGCUGUCCACGACACUCGACAGUUAGGAGGUUACAUGACCCUUUUACAGUGCUGGAUCUACGAACACUUCCCUAGGAUCUGUAAGCGGGGCGAUAGAGGUGCGGUUCCUGCACAUCUUCCAAGAGCAUGUAGGUGGAUUGCAAAACAUGCUGUUGAAGGUGGAUUAGUGACCUAUCGGCAGAGACUUGAUGCUUUGUUGCUUGAUGAUGUACUGUUUACACCAUACGAUGAUGAUCGAGCUAAUCAUCCGUUUGAAGAUAUUUCGAUGUUCUCUGGUUAUCUUCGAUGUGGUGGAGUCUCAGUCCCAUAUUUGCCGGAGCGAUGUCUUCGACAAUUUGGUCGUAUUCAGUGCAUCCCGCCUGAUGUUCCUCCCAGGCCCCCUAGUGUAGAUUGGGUGUGGCAGACUACUAUGCAGUCAUCUGUAUCGGCGUUUCGGAGGCUAUAUCAUGUUGCGAGUUUUCAUGGAGAGGUCACUGAGGACUAUUAUCCAUGGUACAUGUCUGUGUCACAUCCUCUGAUCAUUCCUCGGUCUACUGCACAUGCGGGUACAUCCUCUGAGCAUCCAUCUCACCAUCCAUCAUCUGCUGCACAUGUGGGUACAUCAUCUGCUGCACAUGCUGGUCCGUCAUCGUCUGACCGAGAUCGUAGAACAGCUGAGCUUGUACGUAGAGGCAUUAACUUGGUAGAGCCGUUUAGUGAAAUUCAUGAGAUUUUAAGUGAGUUAUGUCUUAUGUACGAUGUUUAG